GUUUCACUGUUCCAAACUAUGGAUUAUCCUGUAAUAUCUUUCCUUCCGACCACUGUCUGCCUAAUUUCCCAUUCUUGAGUUCCAUUGACAAACAACGAAGAAAAUACUUCAGAAACAUACGGUGAAUUUAAGCUAAACAUUUUCUGCAAUUAUAAGGUCAUUUUAGAUGGUUCAUACAAUGACAGCCAAUUAAUUAUCUGGACUCAUUCAUUUAAGUCUAAUGAAUAAUCUAAAUUCCGAAAAUAAUCCAGAUCGCUUUCUGAAUCCGGUUUAAAAGUUAUUAUUUAUAUGGCAUAUUCUGACGAAGACCAAAGUGCCUAUCUAAAGGAUGUCUUCAAAUUUUACAAACACUUAAACUAUACACAUGAUGUUCGCGAACAAAUACGGAGAUACACUGACUCAACUUUCAAGGUAUUCAAAUAGUCGAAUCAUUCUCGGUAACAGGAAGCAGUAUUCACUAGGUUGCCGAAUUCACGCUCAGAUUGUUCAGUGCAGACUAUACCAACCGAAGAUUUUUUCAUAAUAAAGAACUUCUUCAGUCCAAUUGAAAUUAAAGAUUUAUGACUUGCUGCACUGACAGAAUGGUGUCACUCGCCGACGGCUCAAUGUAAUUUGAGCACAAAUGUGUCUCAUAAUAAUCGUAUGUUAUUCAUUUUCACAACUUAUGCGAUAGGGAUUACUUGUACUGAUCCAUGGUAUUCUAAACUCCGUUGGAUAACUUUAGGCUAUCACUAUCAGUGGAGCGAAAGAAUUUACAAUGAAUCUAAAGUUGGUGAAUUUCCAUCGUUGCUGUAUGGGACUACAAUAAACAUUAUCAACUUCCUUAAGCAUUUAAUUGAAGAAGGAGAGAUUUCUUCUAGGAAUUCAUCUCGUCUGUUGGAACAGUGCCGAAAUUACACUCCAGAAGCGUCAAUUGUGAACUAUUAUCGAACAAAAACAACCAUGGGCUUCCAUUCUGAUGAUGCAGAAAUAGAUAAGGAAGCUCCUUUGGUUUCGAUUAGCGUUGGACCCACUGCAUUAUUCUUACUAGAAACAUCAGAAGCCAUCAAGCAUGAAUUCGACGUUUCAUUGCAUGGGAGUUUUAACCGAGCAGUUGACUAUGACCACGUACUACCGAUUUACCUUUGUCAUGGUGAUGUAGUAAUAAUGGCUGGUAAAAGUCGUCUGGCUCGUCAUGCAGUCCCAGUAAUUUUCUUCGAUGAUGAUACAGAGGUUGUGUCGAAAGGAGCUCUUCGUGUUAGUCAUGAUAUUUGUGAAAAAAUUUUAAAGCAAGAUCAUAAUGAUGAUGCGUGUACACACUGCCAAGAGUGUCUGACAUAUAUUAGGACUACACGUAUAAAUAUGAAUAUACGCCAAGUAAUGCCUGUUCAUAGAUAA